AUGAGUGAUGGGGGAAGUAAGCCACGUGGUGGUAAGAUGGGGACAUCUAUCCGAGCUUCCAGCAUUUCUGAAGAGGCCAUCGCUAGUGCUGAAAAUGAGCUUUCUGUGAUGAUUGAAAAAUUAAGUAAUACACGCAAAAGAAUUGCUGAUGCUAUGCAACAUUACCAGGCUACCGAAAAAGCAAUUUCCCACAUGGAGAUGGAAUUAGCAAAUAGUCAAAAAGAGAUAUUGAUUGAAAAAGAACACUUAAUGGUGCCCUUUUUGAAAAAAUCUGGUGCUAUGAGUGAUGGGGGAAGUAAGCCACGUGCUGGUAAGAUGGGGACAUCUAUCCGAGCUUCCAGCAUUUCUGAAGAGGCCAUUGCUAGUGCUGAAAAUGAGCUUUCUGUGAUGAUUGAAAAAUUAAGUAAUACACGCAAAAGAAUUGCUGAUGCUGUGCAACAUUACCAGGCUACCGAAAAAGCAAUUUCCCACAUGGAGAUGGAAUUAGCAAAUAGUCAAAAAGAGAUUGACAGUUUGACCUCACAAUAUGGGGAUGCUGUUGUCAAUGUUUACAUAAACCAUGAGAAGAAGUUUGCCUUUGUGGAGAUGAGAUCUGUUGAGGAGGCCAGUAAUGCCAUGGCCUUAGAUGGAAUUCUUUUUGAGAAGAAGUUUGCCUUUGUGGAGAUGAGAUCUGUUGAGGAGGCCAGUAAUGCCAUGGCCUUAGAUGGAAUUCUUUUUGAGUUGCAUCAUCAGCUGGACUCUUCCAGCUUGACUAUCAGGAAGCUUUCUCUUUAUUUGGCCCGUAAACACAAUGCAACAGUUUUUGGUCUGAAGUGCACUGUUCAUUUGCAUCAUCAGCUGGACUCUUCCAGCUUGACUAUCAGGAAGCUUUCUCUUUAUUUGGCCCGCAAACACAAUGCAACAGAUUUUGGUCUGAAGUGCACUGUUCAUUUGGAGCUUCCUAUUUCAGCUGGAAUCUUUCUACAACUAGACUCUUACUUUAGCUGGACUUCUGUUUCAGUUGAGCCUCACUUACUGCAACGUGGUUUUGGAGAUAUUUUUUGCAUAUCCACUCAUUAUGGUGAAUCACCUUUGAGCUAUAAACAUGCUAAGACAUUGGUUCAAUAUCAGUUGCCAAUGGUGAUUAUAGUGUUUAACAAUAGUGGUGUAUAUGGUGGUGACUGGAGGAACCCUGGAGAAAUUACAGGACCUUACAAGGAUGAUCCUGCACCGACUUCUUUUCUCCCUGGUGCUGGAUAUCAUCUUCUAAUUGAAGCUUUUGGGGGAAGGAGUUAUCUUGUUGGGACACCUGAUGAACUCAAAUCGGCGCUUUCUGAAGCUUUUUCUACACGAAAGACUGAUGUCAUAAACAUUACAAUUGAUCCAUAUGCUGGUGCAGAAAGUGGGAGGAUGCAGCAUAAAAAUUGA